ACGAGACGCAACAGCUGGCCGUGGCGACCCUUCAGGGUUGCAGGGAAAACAGGAUUUGCCAGCGGGCUUAUCUUCUUUUUCCGAGAUAGACAACUGGUUUCCACAAGUGCGUCGCAUGCGUAUUGAAAGUGCAGAGGCAGUUACGCAAAGUUCGCAAGAAGUGCAGCACCACAAGGAAGCUUGCAAAGGACAUCAAUCUUACAGUAAAAAUCAGGACAUCCAAAAGAAUAUGAGGAAGUUACGGGUGACAUCACAUGAGACAUCCUUAUCAUCCAACAAGAAGAAGGGCAUUUUCUCCCUAUCUUUCCUCUCACCAAAAGAUGAACAAGAGCAGUAUAAACCAGUAAGCUACCAUCAGUUGUUUCGAUAUGCAACAUGUGCAGAGAAGUUCCUUGUGUUCCUUGGUAUCACAUUUGGAAUCAUUGCAGCUAUGGGAUUACCAGCUUUUAUUGUACUUUAUGGUGAAUACACUUCUUUGCUAGUAGACCGUGCAAUGUCAAAUACCACUAUAACCCAGGCAGUCAUGCUCAGCUGGUUUGGUGGUGGAAGAUUAAUCAUUAAUGGUACUGAGGAAGACACAAAAGAUGCAAUACUAGAAGAUGCGAGAGCCUUUGGCAUUGGGCUAACUUCAACAACAGCAGCACAGUUCAUUACGUGUAUACUGUGCAUUAUAUGUCUCAACAAUGCUGCACAGAAACAAAUUCAAAGAAUCAGGGCCCUUUUUCUGCGAUCAGUUAUGCGACAAGAUAUGGCAUGGUUUGACACAACUAAUGCAGCAUCGUUUGCCAGUCGAAUAACAGGGGACUUGGAUAAGAUUCAUGAUGGAAUUGGUGAGAAACUUGGCAUGUUCGUUUACUUACUGAUGUCCUUUGUUACCUCAGUUGUGAUGUCAUUCUUACAUGGCUGGAAAUUGACUCUUGUGAUUUUCAGCUGUGCUCCAAUAAUUGUUAUUGCUACAGCUGUUGUUGCAAAGGUUCAAAGUUCACUGGCAGCUCAAGAGCAGAAUUCAUAUGGUAGGGCUGGAGCCGUGGUGGAAGAAGUACUCAGUGCUGUUCGCACAGUUGUUGCAUUUGCUGGUCAACAAAAGGAAGUAGACAGGUAUAAAGACAAGCUGGUUUUAGCUGAAAAAAUGGGAACCAAGAGAGGAAUGUUCACUGGUAUUGGUGCAGCAACAAUGUGGUUCAUUACAUACUGCAGUUACGCACUGGCAUUCUGGUAUGGAGUCACACUCAUAAUUGACUCAAGAGUUAUGGGUGACUAUGAGUACACUCCAGCUGUUCUUAUCAUUGUUCUCUUUGGUAUGCUUGGUGGAGCAUUCAAUAUGGGAAUGGGGCUGCCCCACCUUGAAGCAUUUAGUGUUGCAUGUGGUGCUGCAGCUGCUGUGUUCUCUGUCAUCGAGAGAGUUCCUCAGAUUGACAGCCUUAGUGAGUCUGGCAAAAGACCAAAUAGUGUUGUGGGAGAUAUACAACUCACUGAUGUUCACUUCCAAUACCCGUCUAGACCAGAUGUUCCAGUCCUUCAGGGAUUAAAUCUCAGAAUCAAACAUGGAGAAACAGUUGCAUUAGUUGGUAGCUCAGGAUGUGGAAAAUCAACUGUUAUCCAACUUAUUCAGCGAUUAUAUGAUCCUGUCCAAGGAAAGGUCUUUCUUGAUGGAACUGAUGUGAAAGAGUUAAAUGUGAAUUGGUUGAGAAACCAAAUAGGAGUUGUUGGCCAAGAACCUGUUCUCUUUGCUACUACAAUAGGAGAGAAUAUUCGAUAUGGGAGAGAAAAUGCAACACAGGAUGAAAUUGAAAUGGCUGCCAAAGAAGCAAAUGCACAUGAUUUCAUAACAAAAUUACCUCAGGGUUAUGACACUAUGGUUGGUGAUCGUGGCACACAACUGUCUGGAGGUCAAAAGCAACGAAUUGCAAUUGCCCGAGCGCUUGUAAGAAAUCCACAUGUAUUACUUCUUGAUGAGGCAACAUCAGCUCUCGACUUAGCAAGUGAAGCAAAAGUUCAGGCAGCAUUGGACCAUGCCAGCCAUGGACGCACUACAGUGGUUGUGGCUCACAGGCUCUCUACAGUGCGUGCAGCUGACAGAAUAAUCUGCCUAGAUGCUGGCAGAGUUGUUGAGCAGGGCACACAUGUUGAGCUUAUGGAAAUGCGUGGCCGAUACUUUGAACUUGUACAUGCAUCAGACAAGUCUUCUCACACAGCUUCAGCUAGAAAUAUGUCAGGUGAUGAGGAUGCUGAUCGUCUUCCAAACUUAUCUCGUCAGCUGUCAAGACAGCACUCAGUAGCAAGCAGUCUUGGUACAAAGUCCAGUGUUUCUGCAUUUGAAGACAAGGUUGAUGAAUCUGAAGAUGAUAACAUAUAUGAAGCACCUCUGGGACGCAUUCUUGCUCUAAACAAACCAGAGUGGGCUUAUGUCAUGAUUGGAUGUAUAGCAUCAGCCCUUGUUGGCACAAGUUUUCCAAUGUUUGCAGUAUUGUUCGGAGAAGUUUAUGCAAUCUUGUCUCUUCCUGAUUCAGAUUAUGUAACAGCACAAACUAAAGUGUAUGCAAUUUACUUUUUGGGCAUUGGUGUUAUUGCUGGUGUUGGCAGUUUCUUCCAGAACUACAUGUUUGGAAUUGCUGGAGUGAAACUUACAAGCCGUCUGCGUGUAAACACUUUUCAGUCUAUGCUUAAUCAGGAAAUUGCUUGGUAUGAUGAUGAGAAGAACAGAGUUGGAAUUCUUUCAGCAAGGCUGUCUGGGGAUGCAUCUAGUGUUCAAGGAGCAACGGGGCUAAGAAUUGGUACCAUGGUUCAAGCAUUCUCAACUUUAUUUGUUGGAGCAGUCAUUGCACUUGUGUACACAUGGAAACUUGCACUUGUUGCAAUGGUAUCAGUGCCAAUUGUUUUUGGAGCAACAUUUCUUGAAGCAAAAAUCAUGCAGGGAGGUGGACUGGAUGAGAAGAAAAAGUUGGAACAAGCAACAAAGGUGGCAGUGGAAGCUAUUUCAAAUAUCCGUACAGUGGCAAGCUUGGGGCAGGAACAAUCAUUUAUCAAUCGUUACAAUAUUUCACUGCACUUGGCUUCCCAGGCAAUGGUGAAGAGAAUGCGACUGAGAGGAUUGGUGUUUGCUACAGGGCAAACGGCACCAUUUUUUGGUUAUGCUCUUGCUCUGUAUUAUGGAGGGUAUCUAACUUCAGCUGAAAACAUGCCGUACAAAAACAUAAUAAUGGUGGCUGAAGCUCUAAUCUUCUCAACAUGGAUGUUGGGUCAGUCUAUGGCAUUUGCACCAAACUUUGGAACUGCAAGAUUGGCAGCAGGGCGUCUCUUUCAGCUUCUGGACAGAAAACCUCUAAUUUACUCUGGCCCUGAUAUAGGGGAAUCAGCAGUUCCACAGAUAAAUACAGGUGGAAGUGUUGGGUAUUCAGAAGUUCAUUUCCACUAUCCAACACGACCAGAAGUGAAAGUACUAAGGGGACUGAAUCUGCUCAUAAGACCAGGAAAUACAGUUGCACUGGUGGGACCAAGUGGCUGUGGCAAGUCUACAUGUGUGCAGCUACUGCAACGGCUCUAUGAUCCUAUCUCUGGCAAAGUUACUUUAGAUGAGUGUGAUAUACAGUCUUUUCCCCUGAAAACACUUCGUGCUCAGCUGGGGAUUGUAUCACAGGAGCCUACACUGUUUGACAGAACUAUUGCUGAGAAUAUUGCAUAUGGUGAUAAUAGCAGAGAAAUAUCAAAAGAGGAAAUAAUAGCAGCUGCCAAGGCAGCAAAUAUUCACAAUUUUGUUUCAGCACUUCCACUUGGUUAUGACACAGGCCUCGGUGCUAAGGGUGCACAGCUUUCUGGAGGCCAGAAACAGAGAAUUGCUAUUGCUAGAGCUCUGGUCCGCAAUCCAAGAGUAUUAUUACUGGAUGAGGCUACAUCAGCUCUGGACAAUGAAAGUGAAAAGGUUGUGCAGGAAGCAUUGGAUCAAGCUUCAGAGGGAAGAACUUGCAUUACAAUAGCCCACAGGUUAGCAACAGUGCAGAAUGCAGACACUAUAUGUGUGCUAAACAACGGAAAAAUUGCUGAAAUGGGAAGGCAUGAUCAGCUGCUUGCUGCAAGAGGGCUGUACUUCCAGAUGUACCAGCAAUCUACUGGCAUGCCCCAGUGAUGUAAACACUAUUAGCUCCACCAAAACUGUCUC